GUCGUCGGCCCUCAGGCGCAUGAGCCCGAGAGUUUUGUGGAAAUUCCCACGACAAUGCCAACAAGCGCAGCGUUUUUUCCGCAGCCAGCACCCUCCCAGCCGCUUCCGGCGGGAGGUUGUCUGUGGACUGGCACUCCUGUCGACCGUUCAGCUGCGAAGACAAUCUACCAGCGCAUCUAACCCUGUGUCAUCAACAGAGUCUACUCAGGCUGUUCUACCAUUAUGCUGUCCCGGAUGCGGGGCGUAUUCGCAGACUGUCGAGCCGAACGAGCCAGGAUUUUACAGCAAAACCAGAAAGCAAACCCGAAAGCUCUUAUUGGAAGCGCAAAAGGAACCGUUAAAGGAAUCUGCAACGCAGGAGGCGGUAUUUACCGUACAAAAAGCUGUCGAGGAAGCGGAGAUUGCUCCUAAGCCACAUCCGGAUACCGUCAGCCAAUAUCUCGAGAAAUCACAGUCACCGGUGCAAGUCUGCGACAGAUGUCACGACCUACUACACCACAAUAAGGGGGUGUCUGCUAUAUCGCCUUCGAUACACUCCAUUGGAGCAUACCUUGACGAAUCGCCACAUAAACAUAACCGAAUAUAUCAUAUCAUUGAUGCGGCGGAUUUCCCUAUGUCGCUUGUUGAUGGUAUAUACGAAGAAUUGGGAAUUCAGGAACAGCGCUCGCGGAACCGGCGAUCCGCGACGUAUAAAUACAAACACGGAAAGAAGCUGCCGACAAUAACGUUCGUCAUAACUCGCUCGGACCUUUUGGGACCUACUAAGGAAUUGGUGGACUCCAAAAUGGAGUUCGUUCGGUCAGUUCUCCGUGAGAAGCUAGGUAUCUCAUCGGAGGAAUUCCGUCUGGGCAAUGUACACAUGAUCAGCGCCCACCGAGGCUGGUGGACGAAAAAGGUCAAGGAAGAGAUGCGCGAGCAUGGAGGGGGAAUUUGGAUAGUCGGGAAGGCCAACGCUGGGAAAAGCAGUUUUGUACAAGCCUGUAUCCCAAAAGACUCACGGAACCUCGAAAAAAUGGCGGAACUCAUUGCGCGCCGAGGAGAAGCAUCACCUGCACCUAGUUUGGACGACCAGCCUGCUUUUGACCCCGAUAGCCUCCUUCCACCUGCUCCGAACGAGGAUCUAUACCCCGUUCUCCCGAUCGUGUCGUCCCUCCCUGGCACCACAGUCUCCCCAAUUCGUAUUCCAUUCGGCCGCGGUAAAGGUGAGAUAAUUGACCUCCCGGGGCUUAGCCGUGGCGAUCUGGCCGACUACGUGCAGGAUGAAUACAAGCGCGACCUUAUCAUGACCAAGAGGGGAAAACCUGAGCGACAUACCAUCAAGCCCGGGCAGUCCUUACUUAUUGGCGGCGGCCUUAUACGCAUUACGCCUUUGGAUCUUGACACUAUCGUAUUGGCUGCAGCUUUCAUUCCAAUCGAAACCCAUCUGACAAGGACCGAUAAGGCGGCCGAGAUGCAGGCUCAAGAGCGUCCAUAUCCCGGCACAAACAUCGUCAAGGAGGGUACUGGAGCGCUGAUCAAGUCGGUGGGGAUAUUUGACCUGAAGUGGGACGUUACACGCUCCCAUCUCCCAACAUCUAUCGCAAAGGCUGUAGAAGACCACGGCAUCAAGCCGCCUCCCCUGCCUUACAAGGUGAUGUCUGCGGAUAUCCUGAUUGAGGGAUGUGGUUGGGUCGAGUUGACUGCCCAGAUUCGCGCAAAGGCAUUUAAAAAUAGCGAUGGUUAUGGCGAUGGGUCUACAGAAUCUUCAACUCACUUUCCACGGGUUGAAGUUUUUAGUCCUAACGGGAAACAUGUUGAAGUACGGCGGCCUAUUCAGAGCUACGAGUUCACAGCGAAGAAAGCGGCCGCUGAGAAACGGGCUAUUGGUGCUCGAGGGCGUCGCAACGUUGGGCAUAUGAAACGGAAACAAAACCAGAAACCUUAG